AGAAAGUGAAAGGGCAGACGGAGAGGAAGAGGAGUGAGGUGAGAUAGAGAGCAGGACGCUGGUGAAAGCUUGUCGUCUCCAUGCUAUCCAUCGUUCAUCCAUUAAUCCCACAUACAGACUCCAGACUCCCACUUUUCAACCAGCUGGAGAGGGAAACCAGUCUGCUCCUCAGCAGCUCCUGCAGCUUUUGGUGAAGCGAGAAAAAAAAAAAAAAAAAGAAUCACUGUAAGAAAAUCGUUCUUCUGGAAUUCACUGCACCGAUCUGCUUUGGGACAGUUUCUUUCCCUUAAAGUUGGAAAACAGAGAACUGAAGAGAAGAAUUCACUUGGUGAUACACUGAGAUAAGCUAUCGUUUCCUUUCAUGGAUUAUAUUGGUGUUUUUUCUUUUGAGAUUUCAGCUAUUUGGCUUCAUAUUUUAGAUUUUUAUUUAUGUAUUUUUUGCUAAUGAACUGUUUUCCAGCAGUGGACCACCUGACUUUACUGAGGAUUUACUGACGGAGAGUAAAUGCAGUUGUAAAUUUGAUGUGUUUCUUUCUUUGGAGCCACUUUCACAUGUUUCUGGGCUGACUGAUCUCUGUUCUCUGUCAUUCACCACCUGCAGUCCGGCAGCUUGGUGCCUUGUUCGCACCUCAACAGUCCACCGGAGUCCUAAAAAGCUCUCACUGUGAAUCAUCCAGAUUUUCUCGACCGUCCCGGGAUCGAAACUGCCCUCUUGUUGGAUUACAGGAAUCUUGAGGACACGUGUGUGCUAGUUUCUUCCAGUGGGAUCAAGAUGCACCUCUAGACCUCCCAGCUUUACAUCUGAACCCACCUGAGACUCCAUGAGAGACCACAGAGGCGGUUUAUCUCCAGGAGGAUGCCGUAGUGUGAGUCAGCAGCCAGCAGCAGAUAAUGUGAAGCAGAUGAUGGUUUUACUACCAGUGCCAUGCUGAGAGGGAGGCCCACUCUUGCGAGUGUGCUUCUGUGUUGCAUCUGUCUGCCUGUCCUGACGCAGGGCAACAAACCCAAACUCUGCAGCCUUGACAGCAUCACCCGCGUCAAUAAACUCAUCAACGACAAAGACUUGUUGCUGGACUGCAUGCUGUACACACCCACCACUGGAGACUACAAGCAGAACUGCCCCCGCUCCACCCUGGAUUGCUUUGCUGAUGAAGUUAAUGUCCUCUUCGAGGAGUCCAAUAAUAACAAAGUAGCAAGGUUACGUGGAAUGCUAAAAACAUUAGCAGGGCACAUCGACCAGUCAGAGUCAGAGUGUCUUCAGUGUGAGAGCCACAAGGAAGAAAAAGUGGAAAAAUUCCUCUCAGAUCUUCUUGAAAUUCUUAAGCAGAAUAACUCUGAGCACUGCUAAACUGGUUAACUGCUCCUCGAUGCUCCCUCAAAGGACUUUUGGAAAGAGACUUCAAGAGCUGUUUUCCUCUUCAUGAACUUCUCAUGUCACCUGCGCACAAAUAAAGUGCAGCAUGCAUGCAUGGUUUCUGAGCAUCUUAGUGGUAUUUUAUUUACAGCUGGAGGGAUGUUUCUAUGUGCAAAGGAGACAAUCAAGCUUACGCAUUCUGCACAUGCAAACUCUCAGAGCUUAGUAAAUACAGAAGAGAAGAGGAUCUUUUUUUAUGUAAACUUUAACAGCUUGAAAAUAAUACUGAGUUUAUUCAACUCUAAAUACUAAUUGCUGCCAAGAGUAUGUGCAUUUGUACCACAGAAGUUGUAAAGUAAAAAUGCAGGAGACUGUGUGUUCACGAUUAGGCAACAAAAGCACUUCAGUGAAGGACACAUCGUGAAUUAGUUAAACGCUGAACAAGUAAACAAGUCCCGUCUCAUGUUGGUAUUUACUUUUUCAAUAUUUAACUGAGGCAAUGUUCUUUCCCUGUUGACCUCAAAUGCUUCAGAGUUGCAUAACAGGGGUCACUCUAUACCUAAGCUGCCUACUUGUGUGCCUUUCUAAUACUAAAAAAUGUACCCUGUCAUUGUAUUAAAGCAUUGUCUUCACAAAGGAA